AUGAAUUUGAAUUGCUUGACAUGUCAAGUUUUGAGGAGGAUGGAUUCAAACAAUGUUGACAACAAUAGUCAAGACAUGUCUAAUUUUAGCUCAUGUUUGGGAAGAGUUGAUAGGAGUUGGUCAGGGAACAUGGCACCUAACUCUGACUAUGAGAAUGUGAUGACUCGAACGUCGAACAAAGGUGCUCACCGCCUUCAUAACAGCUAUGGUGGUCCGAUGGAGUUUCCCAGUGUCACGCCGAGGCUGCAACGAUGCUCCGGGAUGAGAAGAGAUUGGAGUUUUGAGGAACUAUGCAGGCAGAUGAAUGAGGGUUGA